CACCUCUCUCUCUUUUUCAUAUAAUCCAAUUUUAAAUGUGGCUUUACUUUACUCAUUCCUCAUGUCAAACGUGAAACCCCCUAAGUCUCAUUCAUUAUUCACCAAAGUCUCACUCUCAUAAUUAAUUCUCUUACAAACUCCAUCAAACCUUAGCAUAACAUGAAUUCAUUCAUUCACAUUUUCACAUUUACUACUAUCUUAUUAAACUAAACUUUGGUAUCUAUAAUAAAUACUCAUUCAUCUAGGUUUCAUAUCAUAGUAACAAAUCAGGAUCUGUUUUCUUCACUGUUUUUGUCUUCUAGCUUCUUCUGAAGAUGGAAGAUUAUGAGGUUAUAGAGAAACUUGGGAGAGGAGCUUUAGGUGCAACUUUUCUUGUUCUUCAUAAAACUGAUAGAAAGAGGUAUGUGUUGAAGAAGAUUCGUUUGUCUAAGCAUACAGAGAAGUCCAAAUUGACAGCGUACCAAGAGAUGGACCUGAUAGCAAACCUAAAUUACCCUUAUAUUGUGGAGUACAAAGAUGCUUGGGUGGAGAAGGAGGACUAUAUAUACAUUUUAAGCGGCUUUUGCGAAGGAGGUGACAUGGCUGAGAAUAUAAAGAAAUCUCGAGGAUCUUUUUUUCCGGAGGAGAAAGUCUGCAAAUGGAUGACUCAGUUGUUGCUAGCUGUGGACUACUUGCACUCUAACCGUGUGCUCCACAGAGAUCUUAAGUGUUCCAACAUAUUCCUCACCAAAGAAAACAACAUUCGUCUAGGUGACUUUGGUCUUGCAAAGCUACUUGACACAGACGAUCCUGCUUCUUCGGUUGUUGGAACUCUAAAUUACAUGUGUCCUGAAAUCUUUGCCGAUAUGCCGUACGGUUAUAAAUCUGACAUAUGGUCGCUUGGUUGCUGCAUGUUUGAAAUUGUUGCACAUCAACCAGCGUUUCGUGCUCCAGACAGGGCCGGGCUUAUCAAUAAAAUAAAUAGAUCCACUAUUUCUCCAUUGCCAAUUGUUUACUCUUCCACAUUGAAACAGAUUAUCAAGAGCAUGCUGAGGAAAAACCCUGAACACAGACCAACAGCGGCUGAUUUGUUGAGACAUCCUCAUUUACAACCUUUUGUUCUCCGCUCUCGUAACACGCCAUCUGUUUUUCUUCCUGUACAUCUCAUAAGUUGUAACUCACCGAAAAAAUCUUACAAAUCUAACGGUGGCAAGGACAAUAGGGACAAAGAAGAAGGGUUUGUAAACCGUUUGGAUCGAGUUUAUCCGAUUGAGGGAGAAGGAGAUGUACAAACAAGAAACCGCAAAUUAGCAGUGUCAACGAGCACAGAAGACAACCUUGAGACUAAAAUGGUUGAUCCUACCAGCUACCCGUUGGAAUUUUCUACUAGUAUUAGUGGCUCAAAGGACGAGUCAACAACAUCUGAAUCAACCGUUUGCAGUGUGUGCAAGGAAGCAGAUUUCAAAAGUAGAGCUGUAAGAGACAUGGCCGACACAGAGGUCACUUCAAAGAGUACACUAGAUUCAAUGCAUGAAAAACAAGUAUUUGCUACUGGGCAACUUCCGAAGUCGAAUGCAAAUGCAGCGACUAAAAAAGUUGAAUAUAGUUUUUCUAAUAAAGUUUUCGAUAAAGAUGAAGUGCAUAAGGAAGCUGCAAAACAUGGGCACUCUAGUAAAACAAUAAUCUCCAGUGAAGACAGCAAUGGAAAUGAUGAAGAUGCGGUCACAUCACAAUGUACUCCAGAUAAAUACAAAUUUUCCAAUAAAGGUUUUGGUGAGGCAGAAGUGCAGAAAGAAAAAGCAAAACCUGAGGACUUCAUCAAAUCGAUAAUGUCCAGUGAAUAUAGAACUGGUAAUAAUAUAGAUGGGUGCAUUGAUGAGGUCACUUCGGAAAGUACACUAGAGUUUUUGCUUGUAGAACAAUUUAUCACCGAACAUUUUCAGAAUCCUGAUGCAUUUGACAUAAAUGCAGUAACAAAAGAAGUUGAAGGUAGUUUUACCGAAGGUUAUUUUGAUACUCUUUCCGAUGUUGGCUUUGAUACUUUUUCCGAAGUGCUUACAGAAGAUGCCAAACCCGAGGAGUCUAGUAAAUCAAUCAUUUACAGCAACGACUGCAAUCAAAAUGAUAAAGAAUGCUGUAUUGAUGAUAUCACUUCAAAGAGCACACUGGAUUCGGUGAAUGAAGAACAAGAAGUUGUCGCUGAGAAUUUUCCAAAAUCGAAUACAUCGGUGACUACAAAGACUGAUGGCACACUUUCCAGCCAAUGUUUUGAUAAAGAUGAAGCACAGAGAGAAGAUGCCCUACCUGAGGACUCAAGUAAAUCAAUCAUUUUCCGCCAAGGCUGCAAUGGAAAUGAUAAAGAACGGUCCACUGAUGAUAUCAGUAUCACUUCAAAGAGAACAUUGGAUUCUUUACACGAAGAACAAAAAUUUGCCGCUGAAGAUUUUCAGAAGUCAAAUACAAAUGACAUAAAUCUAGUGACUUCAAAAGUUGAUGAUACUCUUUCCAAUAAAGAAUUUGAUUUAGGUGAACCACAAAGAGAAGAUGUCAAACCCGAGGACUCAAGUAAAUCAAUCAUUUACAACAAUGACAAUGACAAUGACAAAGAGGAGUCUUGUGAUGAGGUCACAUCAACGAGCACCCUAAGUUCUGUGCAUGAAGAGCGACGACUUUCGGCUGAACAAUUUCAGAAGCCAGAUACAAAUGACAUAAAUCCAGUGACUUCACAUCUUGAUGAUACUCUUUCCGUUAAAGAGUUUGAUAAAGCCGAACCAGAAAGAGAAGAUGCCAAAUCUGAGGACUCAAGUAAAUCAAUCAUUUACAACGAUGGCAAUGACAAAAAGGGGUCUACCGAUGAGGUCACAUCAACGAGCACACUUGAUUCUGUGCAUGAAGAGCCACGACUUUCUGUUGAACACUUUCAGAAGCCAGAUACAAAUGACAUAAAUCCAGUGACUUCAAAAGUUGAAUAUACUCUUUCCAGUAAAGAGUUUGAUAAAGCUCAAACACAAAGAGAAGAUGUCAAACCUGAGGACUCAAGUAAAUCAAUCAUUUACAACAAUGGCAAUGACAAAGAGGGGUCUAAGGAUGAGGUCACAUCUACAAGGACACUCGAUUCUGUGCAUGAAGAGCGGCGACUUUCUGUUGAACACUUUCAGAAGCCAGAUACAAAUGACAUAACUCCAGUGACUUCACAAGUUGAUGAUACUGUUUCCAGUAAAGAGUUUGAUAAAGCCGAACCAGAAAGAGAAGAUGCCAAACCUGAGGACUCAAGUAAAUCAAUCAUUUACAACAAUGGCAAUGACAAAGAGUGGUCUACUGAUAAGGUCACAUCAACGAGCACACUCGAUUCUGUGGAUGAAGAGCCACGACUUUCUGUUGAACACUUUCAGAAGCAAGAUACAAAUGACAUAAAUGCAGUGACUGUUAAAGUUGAUGGUGCUUUUUCCAAUGAAGGUUUUGAUAAAUUUGAAGGUAGCAGCGACAGUGAUAAAAUCGGUUUCAUCGAUGAAGAAAUGGCAUCAACAAAUGUGCAUUCUGUUAGGGUUGAACAAGACCCUGAUACAGUAAGCUGCUUGAAAGAAAGUGAAAAUUCACAAUCAUUAACAGAAGACUCACACACGAACAUUCUGACUUCUGAGAGCAAUGGUACUCUCUCAGCUAAGCAUGAAGGCAGAGAAAACACACACAUAAUCAGUCGUGCCAUACAUAAAGACGAUAAAAAUGCCACUGUGAUUGAUAAAACCCCAAAUGAAAUUUCCUUAAGUACAAAUAUUUCAGUAGUCGGUGAUAAAACGAAGAGGGUGUUGAAAAAUUCCGGCCAACAAAGAGCUGAUGCUUUGGAAUCUUUACUUGAGUUAUGUGCUCAUUUACUUAAGCAAGGAAAGCUAGAAGAGCUUGCUGCGGUGCUAAGACCAUUUGGAGAAGACACAGUUUCAUCCAGAGAAACAGCCAUAUGGCUGACAAAAAGCCUGGUGUCAUCGCAAAAAUUUAAUCCGGAAACCUAGUUUGGUGAGGGGUUCUCCUUAUGAAUCAUCGAUUGUUGUUAAAAAAUGUGUAUCUCGAAAAGUUACACGAGUUUGUUCCUUUGAGACUCUUGCUUGAUUGAAGAUUGGGGGAUUGGAAAUUAACAUCCCACAAUCUUUUUCUUGGUGAUUGUUUAUUGUAAAUGGUUUGAAUCAUAUUUGAGAAAGGUUGAUAUGUUCAUUAGUGUUUUUCUGUGUUA